UUUCCAUGAACAAAAAGCUGAUAGGGUUUCUUUUGGCACUUGCAUCAGGGUUUUUUAUUGGAGCAAGUUUUGUUAUUAAAAAAAAAGGACUUUUAGAUACAACUCGUAGUAGGGGAUUAAUAGCAGGACAAGGUCAUGCAUAUCUUAAAAAUGGGAUUUGGUGGAUAGGAAUGAUUAUAAUGAUUAUUGGGGAACUAUGUAAUUUUAUUGCAUAUGCAUUUGCAAGUGCGAUCCUUGUUACACCAUUAGGUGCGAUGAGUAUUGUAGUAUGUUCUAUUGGAUCGAGUAUAUUUUUAAAGGAACGACUUUCAUUUGUGGGAAAAAUUGGAUGUGCAUUUUGUAUAAUUGGAGUAUGUAUGAUUGUGAUAAAUGCACCGGAACAGAAUUCUUUGGAAAGAAUCCAGGAUGUGGCGAAAGAGAUGAUUUCAGCAAUAUUUUUAUCUUAUAUAGCAAUUAUUUUUUCAAUAUGUUUUAUUAUUAUAGUAUGGAUUGGUCCUCGAUGGGGGAAUAAAAGUGUACUAGUAUAUUUAUCUAUAUCUUCACUUGUUGGUGGUAUUACAGUUGUUUGUACCCAGGGUUUUGGUAUGUCUAUUGUUAGUGCAAUUUCAGGUGUUCCUGGUCAAUUUACCCAUUGGUUUUUGUAUUUUCUUGGAGUUUCUAUUAUUGCGAUGAUUAUAAUUGAAAUAAAUUAUUUAAAUAAAGCGUUAAAUAUAUUUAAUACCGCUAUUGUUACCCCCAUUUAUUUUACUUAUUUUACGACUUGUACGAUUGUUUCAACAGCUGUAUUACACCGAGGUUUUCAUGGACCACCUAUUUCAAUUGUAGAUGUAUUUCUUGGUUUUUUGACUAUUAUUGGAGGUAUUAUACUUCUUCAAUUUUCCAUUGGAGCAGAUAAUACAUCAGAUACUGAUAUGUUAUCUACUGAUUUAUCCAACAUUCAAAAAGCAGCUGAUGCCGUUACUGAUGCUGAUGUUUUGGAUCCUGGUCCUGUUGCUAUCAGAGGAACAUUCAGUUUUAGACACAUGGAUCGGAAGUUUAGCGAAACUAGUUCAAAUAAUUUUAUUAGACGUAUUAGCUAUUCCUCUGUCGAAUUUCAAAAAUUCACUUUACAAUCUUCACUUCCUUUGAAAAAUAAUCAUAUAAAUUCUGAAAAUCAUACAGAAAAAAAUAUUCUUUCUCCACAAACUUUACCUGCUAAAAUUAAUGAUUUUGACAAUCUUAAAGAUACCACUCUUUCUUCACAAUUAUCAACACAAAAACUUCUUUCUCAAAAAAAUAAUUAUUCCUCAGAAAAGUCAAACAAUAAAGAUAAUCAUAAUACUUUAUCUAGGCUAAUAUACCUUUCAACUGACGAUUUUUUAUACUUCAUUCACAAAUACUUAUUAUUUAAUCCUCUAAUCUUACAUCAUUACACUUCUUCAAAAAAUUUACAUAAUAAUUUCAAAGACAAAAAAUUCAUACAUAAACAUUCAACUACUUCAAAUACUGAUAACACUCCUUCAUCUUCUUUACAUCUACCAUAACCACUACUUCUAUUUCUUCACUUAUUUAUCACUAUCUUUAUUUAUU